AUGACAGUCAGCUCUGUCACGUUGCUUUGCCUCGGACUGUGUUUGUUCCUCGUUGGUCCGUGUCAGUGUGGCUGUCGGGAAACAGGUCUGUGCUGCACCGGCCGGGACCCGUCAUGCAUCAGCAAAGGAUGGAGGUCUGACCGCUCCUAUGGCACCUGCUACUGCGACCAGGCCUGUGUCCACACCCUGGACUGCUGCCACGACUAUGAGACAGCCUGCCCAGCGCUGUCGUGUGUGGUGAGCGAGUGGACGGAGUGGUCAGGCUGCGCCCAGCCCUGCAGGGCCACAGUCCGCAGGAGGAGCAGGACGAUCCUGCAGGAGCCGCUCAAUGCAGGCAAACCCUGUCCCCACCUGGAGGAGCACGCUGGAUGUGCAGAGUACUGGUCUCACCAAGGGAGCUGUAACAAUCCACUGGUCCCAGCACUGAUUAUCACAGGUGGCUAUGGCAACGCCAGGAAGAAAAGAGACAUCCCUGACAGCAGCGACAUCAUAGGGUAUUGUGUCCAGUUUCAGUUGACCUCUCUCACAAAAGGAUGCCAGCAAAGUUCAGGCCCACACACCCAGUGGAUGCAGCACCUGAGGGAGGGGCACCGCGUGUGUGUUGAGUGCCAGCCGCCUGCUCUCGCUGCUGGACAGACACACUGUGCCGGGGAUGGAGAGAAACACGAUGAGGACAGAAAACAGUCUCUCCAGUGGCAGGCAGUGGGAAACCCUCGAUGCAGGGGUGUGUGGAGGCGAGUAGGGAGGCUGGAGGCCUGUUCCUGCCCAACAGCCCACAGCUUCCUCUUCAUCUAA